UCCCUCCAGGCUGAAGACUAUAAAAGACAAGGCUAUUCCUUCCUGCCUUGAUAGACAGCCCUCAACAUCAUCGACACUCUACAAGCGCUUCCCACCAGCGGACAUGCCCUACACACUCAAUGCCUGCUUGCUGUUGGUCGCUCUGCUGCAGGGCGUUCAGGUAGCUUCAGUUCAAUUUGCACCCACUGAAAGCCUGGCAGGUGACACUUCAGGUGAGGAGGGGGAGGCAGCCUCCGAGUCUCUGAGCACCUCCAGGUUCUGGGGCCUGAUCCUUGGUGCGACCGAUAAUCACUCAAAGGAGUUUGAAGCUGAAUUCCAAAACCAGGUGAAAUAUCAUAUGUUGGAGGAAUACAACAUCUCCUCACUCCCAGAAAGCUGCCCUUCCUCCGACUUAAGAAAGGAGGCUUGUCUCCACAGGUUGGUCCAAGGUCUAUUUAUCUACCGAGUUCUUAUUAAGCACGUGGAGAAGGAGUAUCCAAGCAACUAUAAACUCUCAGAGGCCAGAAUCAACUGCGGCCGGCUGAUCACCCAUAUCAAAGUAAAUAUGAAGCAUCCCGAAAGUGUAACAGAGCUGAACAGCAGCCAGGAGGAGCAGCUUCUGAAGGAUAUCGACAGCCCUGACACUUACAAGAGAAGGAUGACCGCACACAGCAUCCUGUACCACCUCCGGAACUUCCUCCUCCAAUGCAAAAGAGCGAUCAGAAAAAGAGAAAUGGCCAGAGGAAGAAUGACCAACAGGAACCUGUUACCCAUCAGGUUCAGUAACCAAGUUUAAAAAUGCAAGAAUGAGGUGAAAUUAUGAUGGAAUACCUCAGGGAAUAUUGUAUGCCUCAUUAGGUAAUUUUAACACUUUGUGUUUUCAUUGUUUUUCAAGGGGAACAUGCACUUAGUGGAGGUGAUGGGUUUCUUAAAUUAUAAAGACCUCAAGUCUGGAAUUGCCCACAGUUGCACAACUUAUUUAACCUAUUUAUACUUGAGGAAAAGUUUAAUUUAUUAGUCAGGAUUGUUAGUUUCCAGCACUGAAAAUGCCAUUUGUACUUGAAUGUUAUUUAGAUUUGAGUCUUGAUGAAUUUCUGAAUUGUGGUGAGAUUACUUGAGCAGCAAUUUUGGGACUGCUUAACUUUUCAAAGAAGACAUUUAUUUUCAUAAACAGUGAUUCUGUAACGU